UUCAAGGUAUUUUUAUCAAUAAAAAUUUGAGUUCUCCUCAUUUGAUUCGCAGAUCCCAUGAACCUAUCUUGACGGUAUAAAAUUUCUAACUUCAAGCAUGGCGUCAAAUAUGCAAUGAAGAAUAGUAAGAUAUUUUCAUGAAAUGUUGAGGAAAGAAAGAUUUAAUGAAAGAACAUCGCAGCCCUGAACGCGUGAUGUGUGAGAGAGCAGGUUUACCCCCAGCCCAUACGAGGUUAUGAGUAUAAUACUCAUACGUAAUUCAGAUGAAUUUAUCCAUCAACGAAGGAGAAAUAAGGCUAUCAUCAAAAAAUGUUGACUACCAAAAAUUCAGCAAGCCAAAUAUUCUCGACGGCAAUGCAAGUAGGAUGAGAAACAGCAAGAAAAUUACAAAAGAAAAUGUUUCAUCUAAUUCCAAGAAGGCAACUUUUAACGAAACAAAAAGAAAUGUUAAAACCACGAAAAAACGCAAUCAAAAUAAAACUACUCCAGAAAACGUCGUAAGUUCUUUCAGUAUCACAGCUGACAAAAUUCUGCCGAUUUCAGUUAAAUUACCUCGGAAUAAAGCAGAAAACUCGUCGAAUGAAACGUUUUGCGGAAAUUUCGAUGUCCUCAACGAAGCCUUAAAUUGGAAUUCGGACGCUGGAUGGAGUGACUCGUCAAGCGCUUCGUCCGAAUCCACUGGAGAUUCUUCUGGGUCCGAGACCUCUGACUUCUGCCCGCAAGAUGAAUAUGAAUCCAAAGAAAUUGAGAACCAUUUCUUCGACGAAGUUUGUAUUGGUGGCAACAGCGAAGUUUGCAACAGAAACGUCAACAGGGCGGCAACCUCAGCCGGCAACAGCGGCAACAGGACAACGUUUUCCUUCAACAACGUCAACCUCGAGGCGCAGGUUCCGGCCCCUCGGAGACGAGCAGCAAGAAGAGGUUCAGGCUCAUGGUUGCUGCUCGGCGUAGUUCUGCUCAUCGGCCUGCUGGCUCUGCUCACUCUCUCACAGGUGGUUCUAGUAGAAAACAAAGUUCUAGACCAGCUGGGGCCUGAUCAGCUGAGACCUGCCAUGCCCCCCGGGGUCGGUCGCGCCCUACAGAGACUCCUGAGGGGGAGCGGCGCCCCGGGGGGGUGGGGUGCUACCCAAGGGGGCUGGGGUGCUACCCAAGGGGGGGAGCUGCAGUUCAGCAGAGCAGUGCCUCUGAUGAGACGAAAACCUCCGUCGGUUGAGGUGACCGUGGGCCGCACUGUUCUCAAGAGGUUAUCCCUCCAGAUUGCAGAAAUCAUUUUAGAAGAAUCUUUAUCAAUCUACAACAAUAGGAACAAAAUUCUACAGCAAGAGGAAGAAAUGGAGAAGGUGAUCAAGAGGGAGAACUGUGAUGAAAGUUUAGUGAAAAAUAGAAUGGAAGAAAACAGAUGCACGGAAAGUAAAGUGAGAAGUCAACGAAAUGUGAAUAUUUUAAAAGAAAAUACAAAAUUGAGCAUGUUCGUCAGAAAAGAAGAAAAUUCAAAUAAAAUUAUCGACGAAGUGAACGAAAAAGAAAGUGAUAAUAUCAAUGAGGAAAAGAAACACAUUCAUAACUCAAUAUAUACAGAAACUAUUAAUGAUAGAAUGCACAGCGUAGCAAUUAGUCCACGUGGGAACACUCACCUACGGAAGAACGGGUCUAAUGAAAAUAAUGAUAAUGGUAAUAGUGAAGUUAAUAAUAAUAAUGUUAGUGUAAAGAAGUCUAUGCUCAAGAACAGCCUAGUAGGGAAUAGAAUUCUUACUGUGGGUAUAGACAAAACAUCAGAUAAUUUACCGAAGAAAUCUUCGCUGGAUAGAAGAAAAACUCUGUUGGAGAAAGGUGACGGAAGAAAGUGUGAAAGUGAAAGUGAAUGUGGACAUGUAUCUGAGGGUGAUAAAAGUACGAAACUGGGAAAACCAAUUAAUUCAGUUUCGGAUGAAAGGGAAACUAAUAAAAUAAGUUCAGUGAAAGUUGAACCCAACUAUUCCGAUCUCCUGGACCAGAAUAGUUUCAGAAUUGAAAGUGUGAAUAACCUGCUGAUACCGCCACAAGGAGAUACGGCUGCUGCAGAAAAUGAAGAAACUGGCUAUAUGAAUAAUUCAUUCAGUGAAAUUUAUUACUCACAAUUUUCGGACAGUGAUGAGGAAAUUCCCAUUUAUUUCGAGGAAGAUGACCAAUUACUCAAAAUUUUGAACGCGAGUUCAAUUUUUGGAAGAUUUCCGCCAGAUAUACGGGCAUUGGAAAGACAUCAGUUCCCGAACAUAAUUGACCCGGAACAGAAAACCUAUGAAGAUUUGAAUUCUGUUUACAAAAAAUUUUUGGGACCCGGAGAAAAUGUGGCAUUGGACCCCAUUAGAGAAAUGGAAAAUAGAUUCCAAGUUCCAGAUAAAUUGCCUGUAAAAAUGAGUAAAAUGGAAAAAGAAAAUAUGAGGCCUCAUAGGCGCUUAGCUCAAAAACCGCAUUUGAAAGAAAUAGCUAGAAACGAAAAGUCACGUUCUUCGAAAAAAAUUUCCCUAACAAAAAGUAAAAUGAGAGCCUCUGAUGCUAAAAACGAUUCAUGGGAGGCGUAUAACGGACUUAAAAAGGCGCAAGCCUCCAAAGAAAAACUUUACACAAAUAAUUUAUUGAGAAAUUAUUCACAUAAUCAACAGAAAAAUCAUUUGAAGGACUCAACCACAACACUCCACUUCACAAAGCCAGCAAAAGAAAACAAAGAAACUGUCACAGAAAACGGCGGCAGCCAACAAAGACUCGUGACCCUGUGCCCUUUGGUCCCUCCAAGCCUUCACUGA